AUGCCACCAGCACUUGCAGCGCAGCCUUCCGCGGCUGCUUCUCCCAAUCCCGCACCACCAGCCCCCAAUCCUCCUCCUCCUGCUAAUGACCCUAACAACGGCGCGAAUAAUGGGAAUGGAAAUAAUCCGAAUACCGCAAAUAGCCCUAAUAAUGCUAACACACCUACAGCUACAGCACCUCCAAAAAAUGCGCCAACUACUGGUCCAUCUAGCAUUAGUGUCGUUGUAACAACAGCCGUAGGGGGGCCAUCGUCAGUCUACAGCAGUUCAACAAUAUCUUCAGCGCCAUCUAGCUUGUCGCCUGACCCUAGUAAUGUCCAAUCGGACUCUAACGGCCCAUCAGCCGGAGCAAUGAUUGGUGGUAUGUUUGCGUUGACGGCAAUUAUCGUUGGCAUAAUCAUGUGUGUAGUGCGCAAGAAAAAGCGAGCGACUGGUGGUAACUUUUUUUCCAAUCGACAAUCACAUCAACUCACCGAUUCUGAAUUUAAUGAUACUCUUGCUAUCGGACAACCUCACUAUUUUGAUGAAAAGACUAACUACUCGAGGGGCUCGAUUGUUUCUAGGCCGGAUUCGACGUACCUCGAGCAUACUGUUGAUUAUAAUAAUGGAAACAGAAUGAGCUUUGCUCCGGUUGUUGGACAAAGACAAAGUUUCUUCACAGCCAAUGGAACUGCCUAUGCACCUCCGGCGUCUUUGAUGCCAGUUAGUGGGCUUGUGAGUCCUUCACCUCGCACCCCGCCUCCUCGCACCCCAACUUACGGUGCUCCAGCAGAGUACGGUUAUUAUCCUAAUCAGUAUGAUGCAAAUGGCAACGCCUAUUAA